UACUGACAGGUCAUAGUAGCAUAGUUCGAGUUGACGUGUGUUUUCAGCCUGUGUAUUCAGCAACCGAGGGGCAAUUUAUUUUUCAGUAGGCUACUUGUAAACAGUGAAGUGGUAUUAUAAGAGACAGAUUAACGUUAAACUAACCUGCACAAGAAGUUGCUACAAUGGCAGCUGAUUGGGAGGAAAUUAGACGUCUUGCAGCAGACUUUCAAAGAGCACAGUUUGCUGACACUGUUCAGAGAUUGUCGGAGCGCAACUGCAUUGAAAUUGUUGCCAAAUUGGUUGGGGAUAAGCAGUUGGAUGUAGUGCACACGCUGGAUGGGAAGGAGUACAUCACCCCAACUCAGAUUAGCAGAGAGAUCCGGGAUGAGCUUUAUGUUCAUGGAGGCCGGGUGAACAUUGUGGACCUGCAACAGAUUAUUAAUGUGGACUGGGUCCAUGUUGAGGCCAGAGCCAAUGACAUUGCAAAGUCAGACAAAAGUGUUCAGCUGGUACUGGGACAACUCAUUGAUGACACCUAUCUGGACCAGCUUGCAGAGGAGGUCAAUGACAAACUGCAGGCGGCUGGCCAGGUCAGCAUCGCAGAACUCUGCAAAAGCUUUGAUCUUCCAGGGGAUUUUCUGACUGAGGUAUUGUCCCAACGCCUUGGUAAGAUCAUCAAUGGCCAGAUGGACCAGUACAACCGCGGCGUCAUUUUCACGCAGGCGUUCCUCUCCCGCCACAAAGCGCGCGUUUGCGGGCUCUUCAGCGCGGUGACUCGGCCAACACCACUCAUUAAUCUGAUUGGUCUCCAUGGAUUUCAUGAACAUCUUCUGUAUUCGGUUUUGGAGGAGCUCGUGAACAGUGGUCGUCUCAAAGGCACUGUUGUGGGGGGGAGACAGGACAAAGCCGUCUACAUUCCCGACAUCUACUCCAAAACGCAGAACGCCUGGGUCGACUCCUUCCUCAAGCAAAACGGAUACUUAGAGUUUGACGCUUUGACCAGGCUGGGAAUCCCCGAUCCGGUGAAUUACAUCAAGAAGCGGUUCAAGACCAGCAAGCUCCUGUUCCUGAAGGCUGUCUGUGUGGGCCCGGCCAUCGUCGACCAGGUGGAGGCUUCCGUGGAAGAGGCAGUGAACUCCGGCAGCUGGACUGACCUGCAGCCGAUGCUCCCGAGCUGCCUGUCCCCGGAGGACAUCAGCAUCUUGCUGAACCAGGUCAUGAGAACCGCGAACGUGCAGUCGUCCGCCAGGAUCGUGAGCGGCACCGUGGUCGUCAGCGAGAAGUUCAUCGGCAGCUGCCUCUCUCUGUUCGACGAAUCCAUGCAGCAGAGGGCAGUGAAGGAAAUAAAGAACAACCCGGUGUUUCUGUUCACCGAAGAGGACGUGAAACAAGGCUCUGCUCUGGCGGAGAAUGCAGCCCCCUCCAAAAAAGAAAAGAGGGAAGAACAACGGAGGAAAAAGGCCACAGAGGGCAGCGGCAGUGUGAAAGGUGGAGGAGGAGGGAACGCCAGAGAAAUAAGGAUACGCAAAACCAAGAAGAAGAGCAGGAAGGGGGAGGAGGACAGCGACGAAGAAAAUGCAGCUGCUCCGCAAAGUCGAAACAAACAGGCGGAAGUGCCGUUCCUGUCCCCGGAGGAAGUGACGGCUGUUUUGGAGAAGCAUGUGUGCGACUGCCCCGAGGAGAUGCUCUCCGAGCUGGCCGAGCACCUAAUGAGGCCUUUGACGAAAAAGUACCAGGAAGUUGUGCGGACGGUUUUCAUGUCCUCCACAAACUCCAGCACUGGAGCCAGCAGGAAACAGAACGUCAAGGAUCUGCAAGAGGAGAUCAACAACCUUUACCAUAACAUCCGACUCUUUGAAAAGGGGACAAAGUUAUUUUCAGACGAAACUCAGGCGAGCAUUUCCAAACACGUCCUGAAGACCGUGUGCGCUGAUGUCACCAACAUCCUCGUGAACUUUGCGGCGGCGGAGUUGAUGACGGCCGCCGAGAGUCCCAGCUCGAUCACCAAUGAGGUCAGGGUGAAGAUUUUGGGAAAGCUGCCAGAGGAAACUAAGGCACCUCUUAUGAAGCUACACAACAGUCUAAAUGGAAAGAGCAUUGAAGACUUCCUAACCAAUUUGGAACCCUCCGCUGAGGUGUGUGGGUUCCUGCUGAAGAAAGGAGACAAGAAGAGAGAGAGGCAGGCUCUGUUCCAGCACCGCCAGGCCCUGCUGGAGCAGCUGAAGGUGACGGAGGACCCCGCCCUGGUCCUCCACCUGGCCAGCGUGCUGCUGUUCCAGCUGCACACCCACUGCAUGCUGCACGCCCCGGGGCGAUGCGUGCCGCAGAUCAUAGGCACCCUUGUGGGCCGGGUCGCUGAGGAUCAGCACAGGCUCCUCUCCAAGUACCAGACCCUGGUGGUGAAGCAGCUGGUAGGCCAGAGCAAGAAAGCGGGACAGGGACACCCCGAGGCGGAGAGCAUGGAGCAGGAGGACGAAGCCGAGGCCGUCCGGAAGGAGCUCCAGUCCCUAACCGGCGAGGUGAAGGACCUGGUCCUGUCGUCCAGGAAGACGUCCGUGACCGAAGAAUGAACCACUCGAACGGGAAAGAAAGAUGAACGAUCGAUAGAAUGAAUCGCCUAGCCGUUAGCGCAAAGCGUAGACAAGGCCUCCAUGUUAGGUCUGGUCUCGCUUUGACACGACCAUUUUUGUUCUUACAUUUCCAUGUGACUGUGCUUCUGGUACCACCAAAGAUUUAUUUUGAAUUGAGGGCAGUCCUGGGAAAACGGUUUUUACCUUAAACUGAACCUCUAAGGUGGCCAGUAUUGUCGUAAACAUUUCUGUGUACUGACAUACGUAACAUCUUAAGAACAUGAGUAUUGACAUUUUGUACUGCUUAAAUCAACCAGUCAUUGCUGACAGUAACAUCUUUAAGACUAUAAUUUUAAAGAGCUGUGUGUUUGGAGAAUUGUUUUUCUUACACUACCAUAAUUGUCCUAGAGGUGUGGCUGUGGAGCAAAUAUUUUUCAUUGUAUUCAGAAAGCCAUACGCCCCUGAGUUGACUGUUACCAUGAAUUACUUUAAUGGUCUGAGAUGAGAAAUUACAUAACAGGUUUUUUGUCUCCACCUACUCGGGUGAUUAGCAGAAAUUGCUAUUAAAAGAAUUCUAAAAUCAAAAAGAUAUCACUAAGGUGGUGAAUAUCAGAUGUAGUCUUAAUAUAUUUGGAACCUCAGCUCUAUCCUAGAAUUUUUGUUCUGGCAUAUGGGUCGAAAUGUAACUGGAGCAAAGAUAUGUGGAUGGUGAUUGUCCACUGGACGAUCAGUUACACAGCAACUGUACUACAUGACAUUUAAGCAGUGUGCUAAAUAAACAUGGAUUCCACAACAUUGUCCACUGUUGGUGGAAAAUAAACUAAAAAAUAAACAAAAUGUGUUUACAAUAUCAAUAACUUUGAAAUCAAAAAAGAUUUCCCCACAUCUUAAUGUUAUCAUCUUGUUUUUAGUUUCCUGCUGCCUAGACAGAAAUGAGUUUUGUUGUUUAUGUUUUAUUUUGAAAUAAAUUCUGAAUAUAUCUAAAAUGUACAUCAUGCUCAAACACACAUUUGAGAACUGUAAUAAGAGUGGUUUAACAAUCUAAUUGAAAGAAUAAUUAAAUAAAUGCAAAUUUUCCCAGUG